AUGUUACCUAGAAAACCUCCCUUACAGCUGAAGAACGGCAUCCCUUCUCUGAGUGUGAACCACGGCUCCGGAACACUGACGCUCCAGCUUCAGCCCAGGACUGCCGUCACAGACCGCCGCUGGCAUCGUCUGGACAUCGUCAGCGACGGGAAGACGGUGCAGCUGAUCCUGGACCACUGCACUGGGGCUGCGGUGAACGAGGUGGAGGGCCUGGGGGUGGAGAUGCUGGAGAUGGACCAGUCGGCCUGCAAGACCUCCGCAGAAACACCCGGCAGUCAGAGGUUCUUGAACGUGAACCAGCCCCUACAGGUGGGAGGGGUGAAGGAGACACACCCGCACCGGCGCACACACCCCACUACAAGGGCUUCGUGGGAUGUGUAUGACUUGGGUAACCCGGCAGAGAGUGUGAACAGCACCCCAGGGUGCACCCUGACUGACGGGGUGUGUCUGACCACCGGGGGCCCCUCGUGCGGAGUCCAUGGACGAUGCCUGGGGGAGUGGGGCUCCUUCAGCUGUGACUGCCACCCCGGCUUCAGCGGACACAAGUGUGAGAAAGGUGAGAGAAAGGGUUGCCGGACUGGUCCUUUGAGCCGGACAGUGUGCUGCGGUACCAGCUGCGGGGGUGGGAGCCCCCGCUCGACCCACGCCGAGCUCCUGCUGCGCACCCGAGCCUCCUCGGGCAGCCUGCUCAGCAUGACCUCCCGUGAUGCCAACGAGUACAUCGUCCUGGAGAUAGCAGACGGACACCUGAGCGUCCGUGCCAACCUUGGCGACGGUGCCCACUCCCUGCGUCUGAUCGGUCAGCGCGUGGACGGUGGCCAGUGGUUGCUGGUCAGCCUGCUUCGCCAUGACAACCUCUUCACACUGCGUCUGGAGCGGGGCGGCGGGUCACGGGAGGUCACUGCCGCGCUGGGACAGAGGAGGGAGAUUGUGGUGAACCCGUCCAGCGUGCUGCUGGGCAAUGGCGGCACCCACGGCACACGCGCAGACUUCCAAGGUUGCAUGCGUGAUGUGCGUCUAAACGGGCACACACUACCGCUGGACGGCCAGAGCACAGAGUUCAGCACGGUGCUGGAGCGCCGCGGGGUCACCCCCGGCUGCCACUCGGACGCCUGCAGUGCCAGGCCCUGCCAGCGCCCGCUCUACUGCGUGGACCUGUGGAGGAAACACGAGUGCCGGUGUCCGUCGGGUCAGGUUCUGGUGCUAGACGAGUCGUCCGGGCUGCAGCGCUGCGCCCCGUCCCCAUGCCGGGGCUCGACCUGCCGGAACGGCGGCACCUGCAUGGCCCAAUCCACCAAGAGCUACCAGUGCCGCUGCGCCGAUGGCUUCCGCGGCCAGUGGUGCGAGGUGGGCCGUGCCAAAGCCAUUUAUCUGGCCUCGCUCAGUCCCAGCUCCAUACUGGCCAUCAGCAUGUGCCUGCUGGUCUUCCUCGCCGUCCUGGUCGCCGUGACCGUGUGGAACCAGAAGGGCAGCCGCAAUAAGUUCCGCAAGCACGGCGUUUACCACAUCCCGGCGGAGCACGAGAGCUGGGAGGACAUCCGGGAGAACAUCCUCAACUACAACGAGGAGGGAGGAGGGGAACAGGACCAGAACGCCUACGACAUCACCGAGCUGAAGCGUCCGCUGUGCUCCAGCCUGUCCCAGUCGUCCUCCUGCACCACCGCGCCCCUCAUCAAGUCCUCCCAGGGCUCCCAGGAGGAGGUGCACCCCUCGGUGGUGAGCGCCGGCGGCCUCGCCCCGCACCCCUCCUACGCCUCACACGUCGCCGCCGCCAUCCCCCACCCGCACCACCACCACCACCACCAACACCACUGCCCCAUGGACUUCAGGAGCUACGUUCGCGCAUCAUCUGGGAGGCGACAACGACAGCCUGGCCCUCCCGCUGGACACGUACCGUGUCUACUGCAUCGAGGGCCAGGGCGAGGGCGCGUCAGCGUCGGCAGCCUCAGCUCGCUGGGCUCGGCCCUCGCCGACACCAACGCCGACGCCGACUUCAGCUACGAGAGCCUGCGUCACUGGGGGCCAAGUUCGAGGGCCUGA